AUGGCAGCGCCUUCGCCAUCCCCUUCGAGAUGGGCCACCCUGCUCCGCCAAGGCGUUCAGCUCCCUCUGGCUGUUAAGGUCUCAAUAGGUGUUCUAUCCUGGCUUCCUGUUGCUAUAUUCUUCUUCGACAAUGUCUACCACGUCUCAUGGGUCUCCGGUCGUAGCAUGUAUCCAACUUUCCUCCCAGACUCUAAUGCUGGUAUGCGAGAUCUAAUCCUCUUGAAAAAGUGGAACGCGAAGAAGGAUUUGAAACGUGGAGAGGUUGUGGUCUAUAGGUCGCCGGUUAACCCUGAAGUCACUGCUAUUAAGCGGGUCGUGGGUUUAGAAGGUGAUAUUGUUCUUACGAAGAAACCCUUCCCAGUAGAUGAAGUUGUGGUGCCCCGAAACCAUGUGUGGGUGGAAGGGGAUGAUAUUCAUAGCCAUGAUAGUAAUCAUUUUGGUGCAAUCAGUGCGCAUUUAAUCCAAGCAAAGGUUACUCAUAUUGUAUGGCCGUUCUCGAGACAAGGGGCAGUCGAAAAGAGUCUGCCGUUAUCGGCACAACGGAGAGUGAUUCCCGCGGAAAGAAGAAUCGUGACCGUUUUUGGUGGGUGA